AUGUCUUCCGGUUGUCUCUACAUCAACAAGUUCGCCCCGAUUACUUUCAACAGCAUGCCGAUGACGAUGUCUGACUCUGUCCAGAGGGCUAGAACGAAUGCUCUAAGAGAUUGUCCUGAAUACCAGAGUCUUCCCGACGACUGGGCCAUUGGAGUCGACCCUGACGCUGGAGACCGCGUUUAUUUUUUCAGGGACGCUCGUCCGGCCGAGAAGCACUACACUCAUCCAUCUCUCGGACCUCUGCCUAGUCCGUGGAUCCUCAAGCUCGUACCAAACCAUUCGAAAAACACUUUCCAAAUACUGUAUUACGAUCCCAAGAAUCAUAUCAAAUCCAGACAAGACCCCAGGUUUUUAGACAAAACGUUACUUCAGCACUCAAAGAAUGUUCCAAAAGAGCUCAGGAUAGCCGCCUCUUCGCAAAGGAACAAGAAUCUGGACAUUAGCAAAAUGAAGCGGCAGCCGAUCGGGAAUAAAAAUAUUCGAGACUACUUCGAGAUCAUGAAAGUUCUUGAUCCAGGCGAUGGAACUAAGGGCGGCAUGAAUGGAGGUGUCUUCGUGGUUCGAGUCAAAGGUGUACCCAACAAGCUAUACAUCGAAAAAAGGUUCAAGGCGGAUCAAGUCGAUAUGGCAAAGGACGAGAUAAGGAUGAUCCGUAGACUCAACCAUGCGGCUUUGACGUGUUACUCGGUUGCCUACAUUAUCGAAAACCACAACCCGGAGGCAUCUGUUUGGAUUGAGUUUUGUGAUCGCGGAGAUUUGGACGGGGUUAUUCGAGAAUUCUCAAAACGCAAACAAGUAUUCCCACGAAUUCUACCCCCUGAAGCCUUUGUAUGGCACACAUUUGGAGGACUAUUAGAUGGACUGGCCUACCUGCAAACCGGGGUUGGGCAUCUCCACAAUCCGCAUUCAAGAGCACCACCAAAUUGGAUGCCAAUUCUUCAUAGGGAUAUGAAGCCAGAUAAUGUGCUCCUUCGAUCGAGAUCUACAGUCGGCUCUAACAAGUACUUCUAUUGUGUACUAAGCGACUUUGGGCUUGCUUGUGAAGACCGUCCAAGCAGUGAUCCAUUAUGCGAUCGAUUCCAGCGAGAGGGCUCAAAAAUUGGCACAAUGGGUUACAUUGCACCAGAGCUUUGCUGGUCACCCUUUCCUCAAAACAAUCAGCAAUUGAACAUGUUUCCACCUGGAGCUUUAAAUAGCCGGAAAUCUGAUAUGUGGGCACUUGGUGCUACCAUGUUCAACCUCGCUGAAUGUAAAAGCAUUUUAGGCCAUUGCGAUUUCAGCCGCCUACCGCAGGAUAUAAACGCCAAUGAUUAUAUGCAGGGAACUGAGUGCCGAAAGUUGAAGGACCCCCUCACCAUUCCAACCAACUAUUCCUCCCAGUUGAAGGAAGCCAUUCGGCGAGCAACAUACUGGAAUCCACGAGACCGACCUGACGCUGUGGGAUUUGUACGGAAAUUUGAACAAUUACAGUAUGAUGCUGGUUUUGACACGCAGAAAAAAGCGGCGCCGCUUCCAGAGUGGGCUACGAAGCAGCACCAGUACUUUGCACCCGAAUGA